AUGAGUAGCGGAGCCGGUGGCAGCAGCAGCAGCAGAGGAACCAGUGGCAGCGGCAGCAGUGCCUUCGACAGCAGCGGUGCCAGCAGUAGCGGUGGCAGCGGCAGCAGCAGAGGAACCGGCGGCAGCGGCAGCAACAGAGGAGCUGGCAGUGGUGGCAGCGGCAGCGGUGGCAGCGGCAUAAGUGGCACCAAUGCCAGCGGCAGCAGUGGGGGAAGAGGCACCGGUGGUAGUGGCGGGAAUGGCGGGAGCAGAGCCGGCAGAGGCGGAACCAGCGGCAGUGGUGCUGGUGGCAGUGGCGUGAGCGGCAGCAGCAAUGGGGGAAGUGGAAGUGGCAUGAGCAACACCCUGCGGUACCUCCCUGUCACUCAGCAGCCUGGCAGAGUCGAAGCUGACCAGAGCGAAGUCCAGUGGGAGAAUGAAUGGAGCAUGUGCCGAGGGCUUGCAGUGCUGGCUGAUGAAAGUCAGUAUUCCUGCCUGAGGACAGAGCAGAUCUCUCCAUGUGCUCAGAGCUUACAUCAGUCAGGAAAGUUUGUCAUUUUCUUCAUGUUGGCAACUGAACACUGUGCGGUAGGGACGUUUUUCAGGGAUAUGCCCAUUGCCCCUGUGCAGGCAAUACCCAGCAUCAGGCUGGGGUCAGAGGAACGAUUCAUUGGUAAAGUCCCGGUGAGUAUGAGUUGGGUCUUCAGCUGCGCCUGUGUCCAGGCUGGAGCAGAGCAGCUCAACCGCAGCCAGGGAUGCCAGGGGGAGAGGGGAAGAGAUUCUGUACUGACUGAAGGCAGCAUGAUCUCUCCUUUGUGCCAAAAGGGAUAUUUUCCCUGUGGGAAUCUUUCCAAGUGUUUGCCCCGAGCUUUUCACUGCGACGGCGUGGAUGACUGUGGGAACGGCGCAGAUGAGGACAGCUGUGGUGACACGAGCGGAUGGGCCACCAUAUUUGGCACCAUCCACAGAAAUGCUAACACUGUGGCGUUAACACAGGAGUGCUUUCUAAAUCAGUACCCACAACGCUGUGACUGCAAAGAAACUGAAUUGGAAUGUUUAAACGCUGACUUAAAGUCUGUGCCAACGAUUUCCAGCAAUGUGACAUUACUGUCUCUUAAGAAAAACAAAAUCCACAGUCUUCCAGAUAAAGUUUUCAUCAAAUACACAGAACUUAAAAAGAUAUUUCUUCAGCAUAAUUGCAUUAGACACAUAUCCAGGAAGGCAUUUUUUGGACUAUAUAACCUGCAAAUAUUAUAUCUCAACCACAACUGCAUUACAACUCUCAGACCUGGAGUAUUCCAAGACUUACAUCAGCUAACCUGGCUAAUUCUAGAUGACAAUCCUAUAAGCAGAAUUUCACAGCAGUUGUUUACUGGAUUAAAUUCCUUGUUUUUCCUGUCUAUGGUUAAUAACUAUUUAGAAACUCUUCCCGAACAUAUGUGUGCCCAAAUGCCUCAACUCAACUGGAUGGAUUUGGAAGGCAAUCGAAUAAAAAAUCUUACAAAUGCCACCUUUCUGUCCUGCGAUUCGCUCACAGUGCUGUUUCUGCCUAGAAAUCAAAUUGAUUUUGUUCCAGAGAAGACAUUUUCUUCAUUAAAAAAUUUAGGAGAACUGGAUCUGUCUAGCAAUAUGAUCAUGGAGCUACCACCAUGUCUUUUUAAAGAACUGAAGCUUCUACAAAAACUGAACCUGUCAUCCAAUCCUCUUUUGUAUGUGCCCAAGAACCAGUUUGAAAGUCUUAAACAACUUCAGUCUCUAGACCUGGAAAGGAUAGAGAUUCCAAAUAUAAACACACAAAUGUUUCAACCCAUGAAGAAUCUUUCUCACAUUUAUUUCAAAAACUUUCGGUACUGCUCCUAUGCUCCCCAUGUCCGAAUAUGUAUGCCCUUGACUGACGGCAUUUCUUCAUUUGAGGACCUCUUGGCUAACAAUAUCCUCAGAAUAUUUGUCUGGGUUAUAGCUUUCAUUACCUGCUUUGGAAAUCUUUUUGUCAUUGGCAUGAGAUCUGUCAUUAAAGCUGAAAAUACAACUCACGCUAUGUCCAUCAAAGUCCUUUGUUGUGCUGACUGCCUGAUGGGUGUUUACUUGUUCUUUGUUGGCUUUUUUGAUAUCAAAUACCGAGGGCAGUACCAGAAGUACGCCUUGCUGUGGAUGGAGAGCUUACAGUGUCGCCUGAUGGGGCUCCUGGCCAUGCUGUCCACCGAAGUCUCUGUCCUGCUGCUGACCUACUUGACUCUGGAGAAGUUCCUGGUCAUCGUCUUCCCCUUCAGUACCAUUCGUCCUGGAAAACGGCAGACCGUGGCCACCCUCAUUUGCAUCUGGAUGGCGGGACUUUUAAUAGCUAUAAUUCCAUUUUGGAAUGAGGAUUAUUUUGGAAACUUUUAUGGGAAAAAUGGAGUAUGCUUCCCACUUUAUUAUGAUCAAACAGAAGAUAUUGGAAGCAAAGGGUAUUCUCUUGGAAUUUUCCUAGGUGUGAACUUGCUGGCUUUUCUCAUCAUUGUGUUUUCCUAUAUUACCAUGUUCUGUUCCAUUCAAAAAACCGCCUUGCAGACCACAGAAGUGAGGUAUCACCUUGGAAGAGAGUUGGCUGUUGCAAAUCGUUUCUUUUUUAUCGUGUUCUCUGAUGCCAUCUGCUGGAUUCCUGUAUUUGUAAUUAAAAUCCUUUCCCUCUUCCGGGUGGAAAUACCAGGCACAAUCACUUCCUGGAUAGUGAUUUUUUUCCUUCCAGUAAACAGUGCCUUGAACCCAGUCCUCUACACUCUCACAACCAGCUUUUUUAAGGACAAGUUGAAACAGUUGCUGCACAAACAUAGAAGGAAAUCAAUUUUCAAAAUUAAAAAAAAAAGUUUAUCUACAUCCAUUGUGUGGACAGAUGACUCCUCUUCACUUAAACUUGGAGUUUUGAACAAAAUAACUCUUGGGGACAGUAUAAUGAAACCAGCUUCCUAG